UUCUAAUUUAAGUUGCCCGUUCAGAGGUUAUUUGCCACACGCCCUUGAAAUAACUGUUGGACAAUCUCAUUUUCUUGUCUUUCCGAUUUCCAUUGAAAUCUCCUGGAAAAGCGGAACAUGGUCGACAAUCGGGCGGCCGAGAUCAACGGCGACGAAGAUCAAGAUGAAGCCGUUCGCAUUGCUAUUGCACUGUCCCUCGGUCAAAGACCAACUAAGGCGCCUGAUGGGCCCAAUACUCACCGGGUGAUUGACCUGACGCAAGAAAAAGAUGGCUGCAGUGACGACGGCGAAGGAGAUGGCCAUGGGCAUUGCUCCGAGAGCAGACCCGCCGUCGCGCCUAAUCGCACCAACGUCCCCGCCUCAGCAAAAUCAGAAGAUGCGUCCACUUCACUUCCCAGUCUUUCCAUCCUCGGCCUGGACAGAAAGAAGAUGGAAGAGGAACGGCUGGCGAGAUUGAAUAAGCGGAAGGCGGCUGAGCCCGCCGACAUUCCUGGGUCCAGACCGGCGCAGCGGCCGAGGACAGCCGCCCUGCAGUCGCCUCUGACAUCGAAUGCUACUUCCGGGGAGAAAAUAGUGCUGGCGAAAUCAGAAGCUGGUGGGUCAUCUACAGUGGCUCGAAGUUCCGAUCUCCCUUUUCCACGCGGAGUGGUCAAGAAGACGUGGGCAUUUGGCCAGCCCCGCCAGGGUGACGACAUCAGGAUCGAGGAGGUGCUUCAAAAAGACCAGCUAAAGCUGGCUGUGCUGAGCUCGUAUCAAUGGGACGAGGAGUGGUUGCUCUCAAAGAUUGAUUUGGCGCGGACGAAGCUCGUUUUGAUCGCUUUCGCCGCUGACGAGGCCCAGAAGGAAGAAAUGAGGUCCAAUGUUCCACGAGACAGAAUCCGGUUCUGUUUCCCGCCGAUGCAGACCAUGGGAAGCAUGCAUUCCAAGCUUCAGUUGCUCAAGUACGAAAAAUACAUGCGCAUCGUUGUUCCCACCGGGAACCUGAUGUCGUAUGAUUGGGGCGAGACAGGCACGAUGGAAAAUAUGGUGUUCAUUAUCGACCUUCCAAAGUUUGAGACGGCCGAGGAACGAGAUGCCCAGAAGCUCACCCCAUUUGGGGAGGAGCUGUGCUACUUCCUCCUUGCUCAGGGAAUGGACGAGAAGCUGGUGAGCAGCCUAGGCAACUACGAUUUCUCGGAGACAAAUCGAUACGGUUUUGUACACACAAUUGCCGGCUCGCACAUCUCAGAAGAUGCUUGGAGGAGAACAGGAUAUUGCGGCCUCGGCCAGGCAGUGAGCGCUCUCGGCGUCGGUUCCUCGAGUCCAAUUGAGAUGGAUUACGUGUGUGCGUCUCUGGGUGCCGUCAACGAAAGCCUCCUGCGAGGUCUGUACUACGCUUGUCAAGCAGGCGACUGUGGGCUCAAAGAGUACGACGCACGCACAGCCGGGCGCAAGUCCAAGGACGCUAAUUUGGCUGACCACGCUGUGGUUCCUGUGCUCGAUCACAUGCGUGUUUAUUUCCCAUCCAGGGAGACAAUUAUGCGUAGUAAAGGGGGGAAGGCGAAUGCUGGAACGAUAUGCUUCCAAGCCAAGUGGUGGCAAGCAGAGACAUUCCCCCAUAAGGUUCUGCGAGACUGCAAGUCAGUUCGGAGCGGCCUCGUCAUGCACAGCAAAAUCAUCUACGUUCGGCGUAAAGGCGAGGGUCUAUCGAAGCCGGGUGGAUUUGCGUACAUUGGGAGCGCAAACCUCUCAGAGAGUGCCUGGGGUCGGCUUGUGAAAGAUCGUGGAAGCGGCAAGCCCAAACUGACUUGCCGCAACUGGGAAUGUGGUGUUUUAGUACAGGCUUGCCGGACGGGGAGCACGCAGGGCCAGAGAGAUGCUCACUUGGGAGAUGAGCGCGACGCCGAUGUUACCGAUCUGGCUGUCUUCAGGGAUUGCGUCCCUGUGGUGAUGGAAUGGCCCAGUACAGGAUUCUCCUUGGGGCCGGAUGCUGCUAAAUCGCCCUGGUUCUACCAAGACGGAUGAUCCCAGUUCAUCGGCCGGCUUCUCCAGAUUCUUUACCCUGCCCAGCAUCCGUUCAGCAGUCUUCCCAGCGAAGUCUGAGGCUGCCGGAAUAAGAGUUAAUCCAACGGUUGGAAAGCCGGGCCUUAUCUUGCCUAAUUUCGAGGCGCUUACGACAUACCAAGCACGGUGAGUUGAACGGCGAAGACGGUAAGGCAAGUACCGACGUCGCUGAGAAAUCGUGAUGGUUGCUCAGACAAGCGUGGACGAGGUGCUAAAACUUGUUAUAAAAAGACUGAGCGAUCAUAGACGAGCACUCGUCGAAGCGCUAACAUGGUUUACUGUGAAUCGGAG